AUGGGCAAAGGCGAACAUGAGGAUCAUAAGAAGUUACCACAUGGAAAGGUGAUUGCGGGGCGGUGGAAAAUCCUAGAAAAGCUCGGAGAAGGCGGUAUGGGAGCCGUAUACAGAGUGGAAGACAAAAACCGCAAAAAUUUUCAAGCCGCUCUCAAGGUAGAAGAUGACCUCUAUGAAGGCGGUGUUUUGAAAUUAGAAGUGUAUGUGCUUCAGCAACUACAAAAAAUGAAGGACACCGUCAAGUUGUAUGACUCGGGUAAACGGCAAAAAUACAACUUUAUGGUGAUGACACUGUGUGGAAAAGAUCUCAUGUCUUUGAAACGACAAGCCGGUAAACCCUUCUCGGAAAGCACUAUACUACGGCUCGCUAUUAGUACGCUUUAUGCCAUUAAACAGCCAGGAAACUGUAUGAUAGGAAAAUAUGGUCGCGAUUCGCGAAUGAUAUAUCUGAUUGACUUCGGUAUGGCACGCUCAUUCGUUGCUAAGGACGAAAACGGCAAGCUUGCUAUUCGAAAGCCACGUGACGGCGAUCAGCUUUUCCGAGGCACUCCGAGAUACUGUAGUCUGAAUACUCACUACAGAAAAGAGCAGGGUCGGGUUGACGACUUGUGGUCAUGGCUUCAUAUGCUUAUCGAGCUUCACAUUGGGCUGCCGUGGAAUCGUAUAAAUGAUGAAAAAGCCAUACUCGCUCAAAAAGAAAAGAUCACACCAAAGGACUUAAUACGAACUUGUCCAGAUGAAUUUUAUAAGAUACGCGAUUACUUAGAAACGUUGAAGUACGAAGAUCGGCCAGACUAUCAUGGACUUUUUAGUGAG